CUGCAACAGCUGGAGGCACACUUGUUGGGAAAUACUGGCCUAUGGAGUCCCACUGUUAUGUAUUAUGGGGGGUAUAGGGACACUGGGGUGUGCCAUGCCAUCACAUGGCCCCAAGAGCUGACACUUUAUGGAUUUAAAGGGGUGAGAAGCGGACAUGGACGUGACAAAGCAGAUGUCCUCCCUCCAGAAGUUCCAGACUUUGGGGGACUCCUCCUGUGAGAAUGAGCUGGAGGAGCUGAUGCACCAGAUCGACAUCAUGGUGAAUAGUAAGAAGGUGGAGUGGGAGAAGCAGGUCCUGGUGCUGGAGCGGGAGCUGAGCACCAUCAGAGGUGCCUUGGAUCAGAAGGACCGCGAGAUUGAAGUCCUCUCCAAAAAGCUGGAAGAAGCAGAUAAACAUCAACAAGAAGUUGUGCAGAAGUAUGAGACCCAGCUCGAAGCACUGAAAAACCAGCUUUGUCACUUGAAGAAGAGUUAUGAUAAACUCCAUUAUUAUUAUGGGAAAAACCAUAAAAGAGACAGCGUAGGUGUUUCUCCAGACCAUGAGAAAAGUAAUUCUGAGCUCCGGUGGCUGACUCAAAAGCUUGAGGAAUAUAAAGACCAAGCCAGACAGUGGGAGAACCAGAGAUUGUUGUAUCAGAAUAAUAUAAAAAUGUUGAAUGAGCAAAGGAAGAAUCUACUGGAAAAAUGUGACCAUCUCCAGAAGCAGUGGCAAAGCUACGAGGAGCAGUUCUCGGGCAGGACACAGCUGCAGGACCAGGAAAUUACCAACAACCAAAGCGAAAUCAGAAGAUUGAGGUGCCAGCUCAACGCUUCUCAGGAGACCAUCGGGAGCGGCAGGGUCAUCAUUGAAAAUCUCAAGACAACCGUAAAAGAAAUCACAUUAAGCCGGAAUGCGCUGAAAGCAGAGAAUCAAAAUCUCCUACGGGAACUGAGAGAUUGUCAAAAGCGAUGCCAGAGGAUGGAGAACAAACUCUCCGAAGCUACAAUUGAACGGCAGGCACAGGAAGACCUUUCAAGGGCUGCCGAACUGGAUCAGAGACAGCUACACAUGUUUAUCCUUCAGAAUUCUCAAGAAAAUACAUUCAGCUCUCAGGAUUUGGACAAGAUCAUGAAGGAGCAGGUGCCCAAUAAAGAGAAGGUUCAGAAGAGAUUAAAGCUCUCUCCUUGUAAACAGGAUCAGGCUGAAAAAGAGUCCUCCAUUAAAGAGAGCCGGAAUGCCGGCUUUGAAAGGCUGCAGGCUGAUGUCUCUGACCUGACGGAAAAGCUCCAUCAGAAGGAUAUCACUAUAGCAACCAUAAGCCAGAAAGUCUUCCGACUGGAGCGAGAGUUGGACAUGAAAGAGCAUGGGAAUAUGCGACAAGAGGCCUUGAAUUCGGCAGAGGAGUCCUAUUACUGUCCCCAUGUGACUCGGGAUUGUGAGAUGGAAGGAAAUCUGAAGACCUGCCCUGAGGGGCAUGAACCAGAGGAUCCGGAGCCAGGGAUGACAAAACCGGUUACGUGGCAGAGAGAGAUUACCGGGAAACGGAGCCAAGAAAAACAACACCGUUCAAGUGAGGAAGACCAGCCGGACAUGAUGGCCGAUGACGACACCAAUAAUAAUCUGAGCUGCUAUCAGCCAUGUGACAGCCUACUGGUGGACCAGGAAUGUCUGGACUUCAUCUUGCCCAAGUUGAGGAGUCCGACUCGAAAUGAUCAGUUUCCCCAGAUGGAUUUCACAGACUUUCCCUCCUUCUUAGUUUGUGAUCAGUCAGGAGACGCUACUGCGGUGCCGGGCACAGAGGAAUCCUUUAUAUCGGCGGCAGAACGAUUCCUACAGGAGGAGAACAGACGGGCCCUGGACUUCGAAAAUAUCUUGAAUUCGCACAUUGAAGAACUGCAGCGAUAUUCGGAGCACACGGUGAAGAGAUACACAUCACACAGCGACCGUCACCCUGCGUCUUCCUGAUAGGACUGUACUGGAAGGGAGAGAAGAUAGGAUAAUAGUCAUGUGAUGCAGAAUGUACAUACUUAUUUUUUUUUAAGUACGUUUUUAAACUGGUUGUUGCAGUUUUCAGGAUGUCUGCUUCCUUUCAUUAAAGGGGUACUCCAGGCCUAGACAUUUUAUCCCGAGGAUAAGAUGUCUGAUUGCGGGGGUCCCAGCCCUGGGGACCCCCACGAUCUCUGCUGCGGCACCCCAGACAUCCGGUGCACAGAGCGAACUUCUGCCGAUGCGAUGCAGGGCAGAAGCUUGUGACAUAAUGGCAACGCCCCUCAAUGAAAGUCUAUGGGGGUGGGCG